AUGAGUGAGAAAGCGUCAUUCUCUGGUGCGACGUGCGGCAGCUGGCUGGCUUUCUCAAAAUCUGCUGCACCCAUUGGAAUAUGUUAUGGCCGCGUAGCCAACAACCUGCCGUCGCCCCCCUCAGUGAUCGACCUCCUUAAAUCCAACAACAUCAGAUAUGUCCGCCUCUUUGACGCCGACCCCACAACUCUGAAGUCAUUCUCAGGCACCCGAAUCAACCUAGUGAUCGGCGUGCCCAACGAAAUCCUCCCCUGCCUUGCCUCCAACCCCACCAAUGCUUCCCUUGACUGGCUCAGAUCCAAUAUCUUUGCCCACGUCCCAGCCAACCAGGUCCGCUACAUCAGGGUCGGCAACGAGGUCUUCCUCAAAGACCAAUUAUUCACGCCCUACGUGGUUCCGGCCAUUCUAAAUCUCUACCAAGCUCUCCAAACCCUAGGCCUCACUGAUUCCAUCAAGCUAUCGUCGCCACAAGCAGCGUCUGUUGUCGUCAAUUCAUACCCUACAUCCUCUGCAACCUUUGAUCCGUACAUUGAAUCCGCUAUUAUUCCUCUUCUACGAUACCUAUACGAAUGUCGUUCUCCGUUUAUGGUUAACGUGUACCGCUACUUUAGCUACGUAAACAAGGGAAACCGUGUUUCUUUAGAUUAUGCUUUGUUUAGGUCCGACAAUGCAGUUAGGGAUGGUGCAAUGGAGUAUACCAAUCUUUUCGACGCGAGCGUGGAUGCUUUUGUGUAUGCAAUGGAGAAGGCCGGGUUUCCGGGCAUUCCCGUGGUGGUGACAGAGACGGGGUGGCCGACGAGGGGCGGAGAAGGGGCGAGUCCAGAAAAUGCAUUGGCCUAUAAUGGGAACGUGGUGAAGCGGGCGGUGAACGAGGUCGGGACCCGAAGGAGGCCAAGGAAUGGGGUGGAAGUUUACUUGUUUGAUCUAUUCGAUGAGAAUAAAAAGGGUGGGGAGGUUUACGAGAAGCAUUUUGGGAUUUAUGGUGUUGAUGGGGUUAGGGCUUAUAAUCUUAGUUUUAAUUAA